AAACUCGCAUUUCUUUCUGCCCCUCCCCCAUCCUCCUCAGUUCUCUUGAACACCCCCAUAUUUGGUCAUUCACUCAUCAUCAGUGUACCAGGAGACCCAUAUUAGCGUCAGAUCUCUUGUGAAUUAAUUUUUUUUCUAAGCAUUUUUGUCGGAAACACCACGAAAACAUAAUGGCUGCUCAGGCUCCCCCAACAUUCAAGCUCGUCCUUGUCGGUGAUGGUGGUACUGGAAAGACCACCUUCGUUAAGCGCCACCUCACUGGCGAGUUUGAGAAGAAGUACAUCGCAACUCUCGGUGUCGAGGUGCACCCUCUGACUUUCACGACCAACCUGGGUACUAUUCAGUUCGAUGUGUGGGAUACCGCUGGUCAGGAGAAGUUCGGAGGUCUCCGAGAUGGAUACUACAUCAACGGCCAGUGCGGUAUCAUCAUGUUCGAUGUUACCUCCCGUAUCACCUACAAGAACGUCCCCAACUGGCACCGUGACCUGGUCCGUGUCUGCGAGAGCAUCCCUAUCGUCCUUUGCGGUAACAAGGUCGACGUCAAGGAGCGCAAGGUGAAGGCCAAGGCUAUCACCUUCCACCGCAAGAAGAACCUCCAGUACUACGAUAUCUCCGCCAAGUCCAACUACAACUUUGAGAAGCCCUUCCUGUGGCUCGCCCGCAAGCUUGUUGGCAACCCUCAACUUGAGUUUGUUGCUGAUCUCGCCCUUGCUCCUCCCGAGGUUGAGGUCAACCCCGAGCUUAUGAAGCAGUACCAGGAGGAGAUGCGCGAGGCAGCCAACGAGCCUCUUCCCGACGAGGAUGAUGCAGAUCUGUAGGCGAUUGGUUAAGGAAAGAAGUUCGGGCACGGUUUUGGCAACCAUGGCAGCGGUGGUACAAAAUUUUAGUGGCUUUGUCAUGAACAAGCCUUGAUCUCAUGAUACAAUGGUAGUCUGGAUGGUCGGCAUGAUUACGGAUUUCAUUAUCUCAUUUUCCCUUUUUUCAAACAACCAGUAGUUAGACUCUUUGACCUAAAUUCUUCUUUUUAUAUCUCCAAAAGGAUGACACCAUUACGACAACAAGCAUACCAACUUCAUCUUUGAAACAGUCCUAUUCUUUUGUCCCUUAAGACGAACGCAGUAAUUAAUAGUCACCACACCACGCAAGAUGCAGGUGCCGCAGGCAGUUGACUUCGCAGGAUAUUUUUUUGAAUACCACCGUCCAAAGCUUCCGCAUUCACAAGGACUCGCCCACACGACUUCGUCCAUUAGAGUAUUAUAUUAAUCUUAAUCUUGAACCGAAAUAAAAAUAAAAAUAAAGAAAGA